AUGUCCCUCCUCCUCGCCCCGGUGGUCGAGGUUUACCGCUUGCUUCUCACUCCCAUCGCGCCUUUCACCUGGUUUGGUCUCGGUAUCAGCACUCUCGACACCGUCGCCGCGUUUCGUCUAUGCGUCGCGCUCCGCCAGAUCCGUGAGAAGCUGUGGCACGAUCAUGCGCUGAAGAUGAAGACCGUAAACGCAGAGAAGGGCCAGACAGCUGCGUUACAGGAGAUUGAGCCGCGGUCGUUUGUGCGCGACGCCGCCGCCGCUCUCUUGGUAGUGUACGGAGGGGAAGCAAUCAUGGGUCCAGCUCUGGCUAUCCCGCCCUCGUUCAUGCUCUCGGGUGUUGUACCCGCCUUCUACACUGUCAUUCAAGCCACCGUCGACAAGCUUCCCUGGGUCCCCGAGCCCUCUUACGAAGUCGAGCUUCCUCUCGCGCUGUUUGACGGCUUCAGCCGUGCCUACCUUCUCUGCAACCUGAUCCCACCCAUGGUCACGGCCCAUCCUUCCCCUGCCAUCCAGGAGAACCCUUGGACUCUCCUGCUCACGUCGUUGAUGACUGCUAAUGCCGGUUUCUUCUUCACAAACCUUUUCUCCUUCUUCCAACCCUACGCCCUCACCCUAACCACCCCGACCGAGUUCCUCCCCUACGGCUGGACGACCACUGACCUGUGGUGUGCACCUGUUAUCACCGGGAUAUACUCCUUCCUCACCCACGCGCAACCGUUCUGGGCUGACGCACACGCGGUCUCGAUGGGAUGGCUGGGGUCAUCUGCUGCCGAGGGUAGCUCGGAGAAGAUCGCGGCCGUCGACCCCGAGACGGCACGCGCAGUAUGCGCGGUCAUCCUCGCGGGCCUCUUCACGACUAGGGUGGUGAAGACGUUUGGCCCUGCGGCCAUGAAGCCGAAGGCGAAGGUGGAAUGA